ACUUUUUACCUUGAACCAGUUACAAGUGUUUUGAUAAAGUUAGAGCAACUGUGGCCCGGUUGCAGAUAGAUUUAAUUGGUCAGUGUUAACUUGAUUCAGUAAAAUUUAUUCUGAACCAAUCAAACCUCAUAUGUGUCUGUCAGAACCUGCUUGUCUAAGUGAGAGCUUAUUUGAGCUAGCUAAAACCAGCCUGAGGCCUAUUUGAGCUCUUGAAACCAGACCUAAAUGGUUAGACACAUGUGGUUUUAGCCAAAGUGGCUUUAGAUCAAUCAGAAAUGGUUUUGUAGAUAGAAUGUCUUUGAACUUAACUCUUUCAUUCUCAACCAGAAUGAACCAUUGAGGUUCUUUUGAACAAGUAUGAAUUGGUUAGAAUGGAUUGGAGUGUUUUAUGUAAUUUAAACCUGAUUUUAGGCUGGUCAUAACUCUUUUGAAAAUGACGUAUCUACUUAAAAUUAAUUGAAAAUGGUUAGAUUUAGCCAAAAAAUAGGGUCAUCUUUUCUGACUUAGUGAACUACUCUGAGCCAGUCAGCAAUCUUUUGUGUCAGAAAUGCAUGUUUCAAGCUUCCCAGAGACUAUUUCAGAAAUUGCUCUAGGUCUUCAGAGCCCCAUCUGAUCUGUCCAGCGUGGGGAGAUGAGCGUCAACCAGCAUUGACUGACUACCCAGCAUCUGCCAAGCAUUGUGCUGGUCACUCCACAAAGAGUGUCUCAUUCAAUCCUUAGAACAAUGGGGUGAAGUAGUGUACAUUAUCUUUUUCAUAGAAUGGAAGCCUGAAAAUUCAAGGCUGCAAAACAUCUGGGUAGCCGGUAGGUGGGAGAUGUGAAAUCAGUCUAGCUCUGCUUGACUUCAGAAAUCACAUGUUUCCUGUUAGGCUACCUUGUAUGAUACCAAAUCUGGCCACUUAAAUAUUUAUUUAUUUAUUUGUUUGUUUUUGUCAGGUCUUAAUCAUGGUAAAGUAGUAUCUUUCACAGCGGCACACAGAUUCUCUAGUUGUGGCACGUGGGCUCAGUAGCUCCAUGGUAUGUGGGAUCUUAGUUUCCUGUCCAGAAAUUGGAUCCACAUCCCCAGCAUUGCAAGGUAGAUUCUUAACCACUGAACCACCAGGGAAGUCCCCCAUACCUGGUCACUUGUUAAGUCCAACAUGCAUUUGUAAAAACUUGAGUAAUGGCCACAAAGCUUGGGGUAGAAUAGACAUUGGACUUAAAGUUAGGAGACAUUUGUUCUAGACUGUACAAAUGAGUUAAAUUCUCUGGGUUCUGUUUUAUUCUUUAGCAAACAACCCAGGAAAUGGAAGGUCUGAACAUUUGUUUUCAGGUCAACAGGCAGAUAAUUAUCUAAGGGUGCAGUCUCAAGAAUAUAAACUAUGAUUAAUAUGAACAGUGGCGUCUGUACCGUCAGUUGUGGUAUUUCAUUUGUUAACACUUCUUUUAUGUUGGUUUGGUUUUGAACAGACUGUUAUGUAUUGCUGUUACCAUGAAUAGAAAACAAAACCCAUGAAGACCAUUUAUAGACUUAGAUGUGUAAUUCUUCUCCCAUGAUAACUAAACACUUUAAAUUUUGGGGCCCUAAAGAUACGUUCAUCUGUCUUUGAAUUCCAUUUAAGUACGUUUAGAGAGUUCUAGAAGAGUGUGCCAUUGAUGACAACAUUUUCUCCUGUACUUAAAAUGAUACAAAAACAUAUUUAUAGAAAUGAUCAACUUUUUUUCAAAAUAAAAAGAAACAGAAAACAAGGUAGCCACAGAAACGUCUUACAUCACUCUCCUUGCAGAAUUUGGAGUUGCUUUCUGCUUACUCAUUUAUUUGGAGGGGACCCCCCCACCCCGCCAAAUGAUUCAAUGUUAUCUGGACCUACUUUUCAAUUCUCAUCUCUUAUUUAUGAAUAACUCGGAGCCAGUCAGAUGCUGUGAUGAGACUUGCUAGUCUUUAUUUGGACCCAAGUGGUCAUCUUCUGGAGAAGCGUUGUUAUACACCAUCAGGACUGGCAAACCCGCCCCUGUGAGUAGAGAAGCUGUAAAUGGCAAGCCGUCAUCUGCACUGUGUCACUCUUUACUGUGUGCAAACAGAGUGCUGAGUGUUUGAAGAGGCUCUGCCCUUGGUGACUGACCAGCCAUAUCUGAUGUGAGGUUGUAGCUCUGCACUAAGGCAUUCUGCAGAGGUCACUGCAGCAGCUCUUGGGAAUCAGAAUUCAGGAUUUUUGAACAUAAGGUGACAUACUGAGUUCUUCAUUAUGUUUGAUGGAGACUAUGAUUACCUUAUCAAGUUUUUAGCUCUGGGAGACUCGGGAGUAGGGAAGACCAGUGUGCUUUAUCAGUACACAGAUGGUAAAUUUAACUCCAAAUUCAUCACAACAGUCGGCAUUGAUUUCAGGGAAAAGAGAGUGGUGUACAGAGCCAAUGGGCCAGAUGGAGCUGUUGGCAGAGGUCAGAGAAUCCACCUGCAGUUAUGGGACACAGCUGGACAAGAGAGGUUUCGUAGCUUGACAACUGCCUUCUUCAGAGAUGCUAUGGGGUUUCUUCUGCUUUUUGAUCUGACAAAUGAGCAGAGUUUUCUCAAUGUCAGAAACUGGAUAAGCCAGCUACAAAUGCAUGCAUAUUGUGAAAACCCAGAUAUAGUGUUAUGUGGAAAUAAGAGUGAUCUGGAAGAUCAAAGAGUAGUAAAAGAGGAAGAAGCCAGAGGACUUGCAGAGAAAUAUGGAGUCCCCUACUUUGAAACUAGUGCUGCCAAUGGGACAAACAUAAACCAAGCGAUUGAGACGCUCCUGGACCUGAUAAUGAAGCGAAUGGAACGGUGUGUGGACAAGUCCUGGAUUCCUGAAGGUGUGGUGCGUUCCAAUGGUCACACCUCUGCAGAUCAGCUGAAUGAAGAAAAGGAGAAGGGGUCAUGUGGCUGUUGAAGGGGCUAGUGAGCUGAACAUCCAUUCAAGGGGCCCAUGUCUGUGACCUUCCCUAUGGUGAUACAUGACUCAGAGAGAGACAAACAGGCCUUGCGUACAAACUGCUUCUCACCAUCCCAAUUAAACCUAUCAGUAAAGCAUCCUGUUUUAAAAUUACUUUGCUGCAGCUUUGUAAAUAUUCUUUAAGAUUCAGCCUGAGAGUUAGGCAAAAUAUCUCACAUAGCCAAAAGUGCCUUAUAAGACAUUAGCCCCAUGGCAGUAGAUCAUUCAAGGUUUCAGGAUUUUGUAGCCACAGAACAGCGCAUUUAUUAUGUAGAAUGACUGAAGAUACCAUCCCUGCUUUACCAUAGAUAGGCCCAGAGUCUCACCUUUGAGAUCUUAGAAGGUCUUUUACGCAGUCUUUAACACAGAUUUAAGACCCUUCUUGCACCACAGGGGACUUUCUAAAAUGUCUUCUAAACAAUUUAAAUGUUAAAUAAGAAUAUACACAAAUGAUGGUUCAAUGUCUUGAGUAUAAUUUAUGUAAGCAUUCUCUUUAAAAUGAAUAUAGGACAAAUGAUUGGCCAUAUCUAUAGGCCCUGGAUAAACUGGAUUGAUCAAUUUCAUGCUCUCUGUGGCCAUUUUUGGUGGGAAGGGCCUUGAGAGUAAGGACUGGGGUGGUCUAGUGUUCUGUAAGCGGCUGAAGUGGGGACUUCUGGCUCCCCACUCGAUUCCCUUUGCUCUGAAAGGUUGAUGGAAGGGUCAGGUAAUUAGAUUUUUAUGCCUUUAGUUCACAGUGAUCUGUGCAUUUAUACUUGGCCUAUGUGCUGGCCCUAUCUGAACAUAGCUGGUGCUUAUGUUGAAGUUAUUUGUGAUAAGCAAAUAUUUAGCUUCUUUUUCUUCAUAUUUAUAAUGUUGGGCUGGCAUCCUCAGGCUGCAGUUUCAAUUAGCUUAUGACGACUCAUCAUUUUUUUUUCACCAUCAGGCUCUAUCUUGUUGAUCUUUGAAACUUGUUUUGUUUUUAUAUGGGUGGAAUUGAAGGAAUUAGUUUAUAAUUACAUAACAUGUCUGUUUAUACUGUUUGGUGAAAGAUGGAUGUUUGUAUUUAAGCAGUUACAUUCGUAUUCUGUUUCAAAAUAGAAAAACAAAAUAUUCUAUAGCCUGUAGUUUUCACUGAGAUCAUGGGUAUUUACUAUACUUGCUGGAUCUUGCCAAGGUCAUGUACUCUUCCACACUGCCAAAGUGUCUUUUUUACCAAAUUAAAGGUGUGUUUCAAAAUAUGCUUCAUGGCAGUUGUUUAUAAAAAUCAAAGGGGAAAAUUCUUAUUUAUUAAAGUAGUUUAAAUAGAUUAAAAUUUCCAAAGAACUUAAUGGCUAUUUAGGAAGAAAUACCACUCAUUAUAAUUUAAAUAAAAAAUAAAAAUAAAUAUAUUUUGUGAUGGCAUAACUGUAAUUAGAAAAAUACAACUAUGAUGAAAAAUAACUACUUGUAUAUGAUAAUUUUCAAUCGGCUUUUUAUGGACUAUCUGUUCUGGUUUUUUUUUUUUGCCACUGUCCUUCCACCACCUGCUUAAGAAACUUAGUUGUGCUUUCUAAGAUCUUAUAUAUUUCUAUCUUUUAAAAAUACCAAGAAGUCACUGAGUCCUGUGCAUUUGAAUUGUGUAUCCUAGUGAUAAAAGAUCCACAUAUUUCAAAGACAGGGUCCUCAUCAUAAGCAGUGCCUUGUAAAAUUGCUGUAAGACUUAAGUGGAGGAAAUAAUUUUAUAGCUCUGUACCAGGGAACAUUUUAUAUGAUUUAUUUGUAUAGCAAAAAAGAAAAUAAUAUCUGUAUUGUGUCAGCCUAUCAGGAACCAAAUGAGCAAUUCGUACAGAUUCUAUUGGCCUUAAACAUAAUACACAAUGAAAUAUAUGCAUGAUACAGUGCACACACAAGAGCCAUUUUCAGUUAUUGACAUCAACAACCGGUAUACUCUUUGAAAAUCAUUUGUUUAAAUUUACUUUGAAGCACCAACAUAAGCUUUCUUGUGUGUCAAUGUAUUUUUCUGUUUACAGACUUGUGUAAAAGUGAAGUGUAUCUUCAGUGAAUUUUGUGCCAGAUAAGCUUAUAAUAAAAAAAAUGGUUUAAUCUGUCA